GAAGAACUGGGCAAGAAGCAAGAAGACACACAACGCAGCAGACGUCGAAGGAAGUGUUGCCGGCAGCGAUGAUUGGCCAAAUCGUCUCUAGUAUAUGUCAGAUUCACAAUACAACUGGUGGCACUCUAACAUUUAAGGAGCGCCGUGACUACAAUGGCCAGAACAGUUCAAACCAGUACCCUAACGAGAUUCAAGGUGGCUAUUGGGAAAUGAUUGUGCACUCCGGCGACAAUGGAACCCCCUCUCAAUCUGUCGGCGCUGUCGUCUAUCGUUGGGAGAAUCCGGCCGGGGACGAGUGUGAUUGGCUUGUGUCUUGGUCCAACAAAUAUGGGGAUACCUCACGCAAGGUUUAUACUGAGAUCAGGGAAAAAGGCCAUUAUGAAAAUGAUGCUGUUUGGCCGGUAAUUCGAGACAAGUUGAGCCAUGGUAGUAGCCACAGCGAGGACGAGUGGAAUAACUUGAAAGCCAGUGUCCAUGAGGAGCCAUAUAAGGGCCGCGAUGUAUUCCCCAUAUUCCAGGGAGAAAUUGAAACAAAGGUGAAAGUUUCAACUUAAUUAGUCGAUGGAUUUGCAUUCGGUCUAUCCACAUGCUCAUCCAUCAUAUAUAUGCAGCGCCGAGGAUAUAUCUCUCUCUAUAUGUAUAUGUAUGUGUGUGAUGCAUGGUGUGCACGGUUAAGGUUUGAGACAAAUAAAUAAUAGCAUCGAUCAUUGUGUGUGUCGAUGCUAUAAUUAGCUAAAUGCCAUGUUUAAUGGUGUCAUCGUUAAUAAUGUAAUGUGUGAGAUGCUGUUGUAUUAUAUAUUGGGUUUGAAUAUAUUAAUGAUGAUUAUAUAUA